UUUAUUUUGGUUUUGCGACGUGACAUCAUAAAGUUGCGCUACGCUCCUGCAUCUGUUCUGUUGUGAUUUGGCUGAAGAAAGGACAACAUAACCAGACACAGAAAAAAAUCCUGGUGAAGCAUCUGAGAUUUGCGUGAUUUACUCUUAUGAAGAUGGCGUUUAUUAAAGAGGAGAGUGAAGACAUGAAGAUUGAAGAAGCAUUCACAGUGAAACAAGAAGAUCCUGAGGAACAAACAGAUCUGAUGGCACUGAAAGAGGAGUGUGAAGUGCUGAAUAAAAUGGAAGAGAAAGAACAGUACGAUGAACACUGUGAUGUCAUAACUGAAGAAAAACCUUUUAGUUCAGAGACUGAAAAAACUGCCCCACAAAAAAAGGCUCAAAAGACCGGGACUAAAAGUUACUUAACCUGCAUUCAGUGUGGAAAGAGUUUCAGUGAACAUAGAAAGCUUAAAGUCCACAUGAGAAUUCAUUCUGGAGAGAAGCCUUACACAUGCCCUCAGUGUGGAAAGAGUUUCAACCAAGAUGUAAACCUAAAAGCCCACAUGAGAAUUCAUUCUGAGGAGAAGCCGUAUGCAUGCACUCAGUGUGGAAAGAGUUUUCCUCUACAUGGAAACCUUAAAGUCCAUAUGAGAAUUCAUACUGGAGAGAGCCCUUUCACCUGCCAACAGUGUGGAAUGAGUUUUACUCAAAAAGGACACCUUAACACCCAUAUGAGAACUCAUUCUGGGGAGAAGCCUUACACAUGCACUCUGUGUGGAAAGUGUUUCAAUCAAGAAGGAAACCUAAAAGCCCACAUGAGAAUUCAUUCUGGGGAGAAGCCUUACACAUGCCAACAGUGUGGAAAGAGUUUCAAUCAAAACGGAAACCUAAAAGCCCACAUGAGAAUUCAUUCUGGGGAGAAGCCUUACACAUGCACUCAGUGUGGAAAGAGUUUUGAUCUACAUGGAAACCUUAAAGUCCAUAUGAGAAUUCAUACUGGAGAGAGCCCUUUCAACUGCCAACAGUGUGGAACAAGUUUUACUCAAAAAGUAAAUCUUAACAGCCAUAUGAGAAUUCAUUCUGGGGAGAAACCUUACACAUGCACUGAGUGUGGAAGGAGUUUUGAUCGACAAGGAAACCUUACAGUCCAUAUGAGAAUUCAUACUGGAGAGAGCCUUUUUACCUGCCAACAGUGUGGAGAAAGGUUUACUCUACACGGACACCUUAAAGGCCAUAUGAGAAUUCAUUCUAGGGAGAAGCCUUACACUUGCACUUAGUGUGGAAGGAGUUCCGAUCUACAAGGAAACCUUAAAAUCUGUAUGAGAAUUCAUACUUGCAAUUCGUCAAGCGACAAUUUGUAUUAAAUUUAAGGUAAAAGGCAAAUAGCCAGUGUAAUAUAAUAGAAAUAUAAAAGAACAAAUUAUUGGUACAAUAUGGUGUGAUACGUAACAAAGCAUUGGUUUUUGUUCAAACAAAGGAAUAUCUUCAUCUAUGACAGUGGUCGGCAACAGGCAUCCCGCGGGACAGAACCGGCACAUCAGCAAUAGUAUCUGGCCCUGACCGCAGCCAGAUUAUUUUGAUAGUGGGUGGUUCUGAAAUAGACUUGUCAUGACAGCAAGAGUUACUCACAGUCACUUCGUCUUUUGUGAUUUUGCCUUCAAAAUAAAAGUAUGAGAGUGUUUUUGCAAUGUUUUAUUUUGAAAUGAAUUAAGCUCUUUAAUUAAUUAUGUAAUUUGAAAA